AUACAUACAAUAAUUCAUUGUACAUGAAGAUGAGGAGGGAAGAGGAGGAGGAGGGGGAGGGAGAGAGAGGAGGAGAAGAAGAAGAAGAAGGGGAUCAGUGGGAGGGGGAGAAGGAGACGGGGGAGGUGGACUACGUGUUCAAGAUCGUGGUGGCGGGGGACUCGGCGGUCGGGAAGACGCAGCUGCUGGGGCGGUUCGCCAAGGACCAGUUCUUCUUCGACUCCAAGUCCACCAUCGGCGUCGAGUUCCAGACCCGCACCCUCACCCUCCACCGCAAGCGCGUCAAGGCCCAGAUCUGGGACACCGCCGGCCAAGAACGGUACAGGGCGGUGACGAGCGCCUACUACAGGGGUGCGCUGGGCGCCAUGCUGGUGUACGACAUAACGAAGCGGGCGACGUUCGAGCACGUGGCGCGGUGGGUGGACGAGCUGCGCGGGCACGCCGACAGCUCCAUCGUGGUGAUGCUGGUGGGCAACAAGGCCGACCUGGCGGCGGCGGGGCAGCGCGCGGUGCCGACGGAGGACGCGGUGGCCUUCGCCGAGGAGCAGGGGCUCUUCUUCUCGGAGGCCUCGGCGCUCAGCGGCGAGAACGUCGACCGCGCCUUCCUGCGCCUGCUCGAGGAGAUCUUCGCCGUCGUGUCGCGCAAGGCGCUGGAGCUGGACGUGGCCAGGAGGGUCAUGAGCGGGGGGAUCAACGGCGACGCCGCCGUGGUGCUCCGGGGGACCAAGGUCGCCGUGCUCUCCGAGGCCUCCGUCAUGGAGACCAGCGCCAUGAAGAGGGGCACGCAGUGUGCCUGCAGCUUGUGAUCCUUGUUCUUGUGCUAUUUGCGUCAUUCAUGCAUGUGCAACACCUUUUGUUGUUGUGUUGAUAUAUCUAUAUAUAUUUGUUUGUGUGUAGAGCUACUGUAUUAUUGAAAGUAUAGAAAAUUUAAUAUUUUCGACU